AUGGGUCAUCAAAAGUGUCAAUACUCAAGAGACAUCGUCCUUCCCACGCGUGUAAUAAAUGUCAGCGGCCAUACUGCGCAGCUCCAGAUCAAUGAUACAGAAGCUCGAGGAACAUACCUCGCCUUGAGCUACUGUUGGGGUAAACCGGACCCGAAAAUGCAAAGCAGACUAUCAGAACUACGCCUAAAUAACGAGCAAGAUCUCGUAAAGGAGAUUAAACUUCAAGAAUUGGAACAGUCUGUCCAAGACGCAAUACGUGUGACUCGGGAACUGGGGUUUUCUUAUCUCUGGGUGGAUAGAUUGUGCAUCAUUCAAAACUGCACAGAUGAUAAGAGACGAGAGAUUAGCAAGAUGGCGACGACAUACAAGAAUGCUGCUAUAACAUUGGCUGCUGGGACUGCUACAAGAGCAUGUGAAGGAUUCUUGGGAAAAUUGCCUGGCAAGAAUUCUACGUAUUUGCCGGAGAAUCAGUUCCAUAUACCGAUGAAGGAUGGAAGUACAGGGACUGUCUAUCUGUCAGGAAGCCCAUAUCAGCCCCACCAUCCUCUAGACAAAAGGGGGUGGACUCUUCAAGAGUAUAUGCUUUCGUCCCGUAUGCUCAUCUUCUCAGAUUACCAACUCCUUUGGCAGUGCCAGGAAACUGAACUGCAGAGCGUUACGGGAAAUGAUAUCGGGAUAGAAUACCAGCAACAUCUUGAGUCAUUGCCUUGGGCUUCCUUUGACGAGGAUGGUGAACCGUCCUACGGAACACAUGAUUCAGAGAAACUCUAUCUCUGGAAGACCAUCAUCGUUCAGUAUACAAAAAGGCUGCUGAAAGACCCCGAAGAUAGGUUGCCAGCGGUCACGGGUAUCACCACUGAGUUACAAAAGGUCUGGCGAGACUCUCAUAUCUACGGUCACUGGGAGCGAUGGUUUAUCCAACUUCUGGCAUGGUACAAGCCUGACAACGAAAGGAUGAAGGAAAGGCACACUAAGAGAGCUCCGAGUUGGUCCUGGGUAUCACUUGAUGGACCAAUUCGUUUCGAAGACCCGAUGGAAAUUGAGGACGCGAAGAUCGAGGUUUUGACAGCAGCCAAGGUUAGGCUAUCCUGUCGACUACUUCAGUUCAGAGAUAUAAGCCCUCAAAAGCGGUGCACACUGUCUACAAUGUUGGAUCUUGUGGAGUCAGCUUCAGAUAUCGAAUUCGCAGGGAGGAAAUGCGAGUAUCUUCUCUUGGGCAAAACUGGCAGUUAUCAACAGGAAACCGGAGUUGCUAUAAUGAUAGUCAAAGCCCCUAGUGGAGGUUAUAAGAGAGUCGGUUUAGCCCUGUUUGAAGACAUGGCAGUUUGGACUGGUGUAAAGUUCCAGAGUGUUGAUCUGGAGCCAAAGGAGAAGUAG